AAGAAUUAGGUUCGAAUUGGUUGGGUUGCUUUGUCUAAGACGCCGCUUUGUACACACGUGCUCCACCGAACCCGCUGCGUCUCACCUGACAUCGGACUCCGGCCUAGCGUUCACAGCACUAUCCCACCUGCAAUCCUCAAACACACCCCGUACCUGGCAAUGGAUUUGAUAGAAGGCUCGCCGGGCGCAAGACGGGCAAUGUCCCUGCUCUUCACAAUCCCAGAGCGCUUUACCGAAUUCGCGCACAUGGACCAAAAGAGCUUCUGCGAGCUCUCGGACUGGAUCCUUGUACACGUCGAAUCGCAAAUCAGCGCCGACGUAAGCGUGGAAGAAAGCCUCUUUGUGUUCCUCGACAUCGUCGCGCAAGGGAAUAGCUUCAGCAACGUAGCGUACCACUGGGACCACGACGUGCAGCUCACACAAGGCAUCUUCCUCAACGUUCUCAACGCCCUGACCGUCCUGCGCGAAAGCAGAGAUAUCAUGGACUCGUGUCCUCCCUUCACAAAGACGAGGAAACGAUGGGAGGUCGCCAAGCGAUGGCCGCGAACUCGGGCAAGAGUCGACGGACUCGUAAGAAUCGGGUACGACGAGAUGUCGAGGGAUGGGCUCGAGGUGAAUCAAGAGAGUCUGAAGGAGGCGCUAAUGGCGUUGAACAACUUCAUCCACGAGGUUUCGGACCAGGAUGCGUAGUUGAUGUGCGAGCUGCAUUUUUGGCGUAUUUGGCGUUUUAGUAACGACAUGGAUGGCAAGGAACUAGCAUCGGUGCUUCGGUUGGGAGGAAUUUCGUA